UUGUUUUCUUUUCCUCUCUUUCUUUCUUCCUUUUUCCCUUUUUACUGUGUGACGUCUGUCCACUGCAUGCAUGAAGUAGCCCUUCAACAACGACCUCCACUCAGUUCGGUCAGUUUUUCCCCUUGUCCAGGCUGUAUCCGUCCACUCUCUCUGAUGUCAUCUUGCCAUCUUCUUUCUGGUCUUCCUCUUGAGGUUUUUCCUGUUGUUGAUUUCCAUACAGUGCAUCUUUUUGUACACUUGUUAUCUUUCGCUCUACCUAUGUGACCAGCCGGUUUCUAUUUUUGUCAGAGUAUAAAUUUAGGUAUAUCUUUCACCCCUGUGCUCCCUUAUAUUUUUGUGCGCUUUUAAUUUUAUAUUUUAUAUACUCAGAAAAUAUCUUUCAAUCGCUCUCUGUUUUGUUCUUAUUUUUUUCUUUAUGGUAUUUCUGGUAAUUGUCCAUGGUUGAUACUCAUAGCUUUUUACUGGGACAAGCCACUGAUUGGAAACGUGUCUAUCUUAGUGAUAUCGACAGAUUUUUAUUUGUUGUCGUGUGCCACGACAGGUGGGAUCAGACGCUAGUCAAGUUUUGAACACAUGGAGGUAUUGGUACAACCUUAGAGUUUGUUGAAUUGUUUGGCUUUUGGAGAAAAAAAUACCCAACAAACAAGUCAUAUGUCUCGAAUAGAAGAUGAGAUAUUUGCGAUGGAAAGAGAUAUUUCUUUUUGCAGAGGGGGGAGGGGCUGGUAUCAGAGAUAAAUUCAGCGCGGCAAUGACGCCAAAGCUUGGUGUCUUCCACAGCUGAGGCAGCCCUGGAAACUACAAAAGAAUGUAAAUUUCGAACGUCUUUGAUCAAGGGUUUUUUUCUGUUAAUAUCAAGUAGAAAUAUGUUUUUAAGUGGAUAUUAAAGGUACUGAGCUCAAGACAAAACCAAAAAUGAUGCUCCCAAACGAGCAGAGAAAAAUGUUGAUUUUUUACUUUGACAAGCGUCUGCUUUCGCCACGAUGACUCAUGGAUUUCUCUGUAUCUUCCAAACAUAGCUUAUCUCCCCCUACCUCUCAUUAUAUUUAUAUGCAUUAUACAUCUGUAUCUAUCUGUGCUGUCUCCCGUCAGAUAAUCCACUGUGAUGUAGCCACCAGGAACAUCCUGAUCACCGACAGAGGCAUCUGUAAGAUCACAGACUUUGGUCUGGCCAGGGUGGUGGAGGGCGAGGACGCCUACGAACGGACCUCUAAGUGCCCACUCCCCAUACGCUGGAUGGCCCCGGAGUCUCUCGUGGACGGUCGACACAGCACAAAGUCGGAUGUCUGGGCCUACGGCAUUCUGCUCUGGGAGAUCGCCACGCCUACGAGCUCAUGUGUGAGUGCUGGUCCUUCCUGUCUGUGAACCGGCCCAGCUUCGCCUCUAUCUCGUUGCGUAUGGAAGACUUGUUGGAGAAAGAGGGGGACUAUAUCAAGCUGGAUAUGUUCCAGUCGGACAAAUACCAGUGUCUGGACUCGGAGAUAAUUGAUGAGCGACUCUAAUUCAAUACGCGAGGCAGUGUUGUGGAAUGAGGGAGUCGUCACAAUAUUGAAAUGGAAGAAAUCGAUAUUUUUUGGCCAGUUUGGACUUUUUUAAAAACAUUGUAACGCCCAACACCUUUUAUGACUAUUCAAAAAUAUUCUUUAGUGUGGAUUUUAUAGAAAAACGUUGAUUAAAUGCACAAAAA